GUCAGCGUGGUUUGGCUUCCCCAGACAGAUCCUCUGCCUGCACACGCUGCUCAGCUGAAUGCAGUCUGUGCAAAUACCAGUACUGAAGCACAAGGUUUCCACGCCUGCAGAGGGAGAAUGACUGAACCAUUUCUCAGAGCACAAAGCAGCACCAGAACCCCCAGCACACCAGAGGAGAAGGAUCCCAACAGGUUCUGACCCCCAGCUCCCAGAAGAGGAUGUGCAGAUAUCGCUGCUGGAGUCCAAUACUUCCACACCCGCUAUGGGAGAAGGAGACCAACAGGAAACAUUUUCAGAGCACAAAGCAGUAACAGAGCCCCUUGGGCAGAGUGGAGAAGGAGACCAAUGGGGUUCCUGGUGCCAUGUGACAGGAAGGAGGAGAUCCCGUGUGCAGCUCAUUGCUGCGUGUGCAGCACUGGGAGCCCUCAUCCUCGUGCUGCUGGUGAUAUCGACCGCAUGUCGGCAGGUCCCUGUGCCACCUUUCCCAGACUUUGCCCAUGUGUGCCCCAACGCCUGGGUCGGAUUCCAGGGGAAAUGCUAUUAUUUUUCCAAGGAGGAGAAUGAUUGGAACAGCAGCAGGGAGCACUGCAAUGCCCACGGAGCUUCCCUGGCCACCAUAGGCAGUGCGGAGGAGAUGGAUUUCAUGAUGCGCUUCCAGGGCCCGGCAAACUGUUGGAUCGGGCUGCACAGGGAAGAAGAGGAUGCCCAGUGGACGUGGAGCGAUGGCACAGCCUUCACCAACUGGUUUGAGCUGCGAGGUGGAGGCCGAUGUGCGUACCUGAACAGGGACAGGAUCAGCUCAUCCCUGUGCCACCUACACAAGCACUGGGUCUGCAGCAGAGCUGACCACUAUGUCCUCUGGAAGCAAAAUGCACACCCACAAUGAGAGACCCCACCACCGUGUCAGGACCCGGUCAGCCGUGUGGACAGGUAGGUUGUGUUUUUACAGCGGAAAUUUCCAGUAUCUCUGUAUGUAGUGUAGGUGAAGUUGCUUUUCACAGAAAAAGCUGCUGAACAGAGUAAAGUUGAGACUGGGGCAUUCCCUCCUGGGUAGAAUUGGCACAGGCACCAGGUAAGGAAAUUCUAUAGGGUAGGGGAGAGCCUAGCACAGGACAGAAGGAGUGUGCAGACUGUUGGAAAUGUUGUCCUCCUAUCUCCUUAAAAAGUACAGAACAUACACAAAGACAAUGGGUUGCUAACAGACGUUGUAUGGAAACAUAAUGCAGCAACAGCUUCGGAUCACUGUGAGCCUGAGAUGCUCAACCAAUGAGUGCCAGGAGAGGCUUUGCCUGUGUUGGACCCAGGGGAGAAAACGGAGUGGAUUUCACUGAUCAGGAGCGCAAUUUCUCCCUUGGCAGUAGGGGGCGUGCGCCCGUUGUUGCAAUCAUGGACAAACUGCUCUUCACAGAGAUCUCGGCCUGAAUCGAAAUUGUAGACCUGGAGCGUGUUUCUCACAAAGCUGCAAACAUCAGCCCGAGCUCCAAGGUGGGCGAGGAGGGCCCAGGGAGCAAAGGGCUUCACCGUGGUGCUGGGCAUAAAAGACCUAACGCUGCUUUCUGUGUGUGCUGCUGCUUGCGGGACAGCCGGCAUUGAAACCGUGAAUAAAUGUAGCAUGUAGCAUGACCACAGAAAUGCUCUGUAGGUGUGGUUUGGCUUCCCCAGACAGAUCCUCUGCCUGCACACGCUGCUCAGCUGAAUGGUACCAACACCGCCUUUGGCUUCUCACGUCUUCACAUUUCACACUGCACUGAGCUCCUUCCUGCUUCUCUUGCUCCUCUCUCUUUCCUUCCUUCCACUUUCCUCUCCCCGUUCUCUCUCCUUUUUCUCCCACCUUUCUAAUCCUCCCGAGCCCCUCCUUCAGUCCUUUCUUCUAUCCCCCCCAUCCUAACUGUCCACCCCACAGCAGUCUGUGCAAACACCAAUACUGAAGCACAAGGUUUCCACGCCUGCAGAGGGAGAACGACUGAACCAUUUCUCAGAGCACAAAGCAGCACCAGAACCCCCAGCACACCAGAGGAGAAGGAUCCCAACAAGUGUGUUGGCGGGCCCCCAUCCCACCUUUCCCAGCCUUUGCCCACGUGUGCCCCAACGCCUGGGUCGGAUUCCAGGGGAAAUGCUAUUAUUUAUCGAAGGAGGAGAAUGAUUGGAACAGCAGCAGGGAGCACUGCAAUGCCCACGGAGCUUCCCUGGCCACCAUAGGCAGUGCGGAGGAGAUGGUGAGAUGGGGACAUGAGCCCAAAGCUCUGGGGAAGGCACCAGGCUGGGGAGGGACAGCAGCACGUUACUGCCCCACCCCCUCCCGCAUCCACCUGGGGGACAUCCCGAGAUGUGCACCUCCGGGGGCAGCUCUUGUGCCAUGGAAGCACAAACAAGCUUCUUCCAUGCAGCAGAAUGCAGCGCCUUGCAGCCUGCUGGAGCCUGAGAUGUGGGUGGGACAGAUGCUAAAACCUCCUAACAUUCAACACUCUCUUCCUUUAAAGGAUUUCAUGAUGCGCUUCCAGGGCCUGGCAAACUGCAGGAUUGGGCUUCACAGGGAAGAAGAGGACGCCCAGUGGAUGUGGAGCGAUGUCACAGCCUUCACCAACUGGUCAGUCUGUCUGUCCAGCUGCCACGACUUCCCACGGGCUCUCUUUGAGAUGGGGAUCUUCUCCUGGUGCCACAGCCGUGGUUUCGCAUAGGCUGCUUGGCUCAGGCUUGGUGCUCCACCAUGAGCCCUUUCCUGCCCUCCUUCCCCAGAAGAGGCAGCCCCAGCUUUUCUCAGCAGAUUGGGGCACCUUUCCCAUUCUCCUCCCUCUUGGGCACAGGUUUGAGCUGCGAGGUGGAGGCCGAUGUGCGUACCUGAACGGGGACAGGAUCAGCUCAUCCCUGUGCCACCUACACAAGCACUGGGUCUGCAGCAGAGCUGACCACUACGUCCUCUGGAAGCAAAAGGUGCACCCACAAUGAGAGAUCCCAUCACCACCAACCUUGUGCCAGUGCUGCUGUUGUAUUACAGUGUAUUAUCUUGCAGCCCGAUGUCCUUUCUAGUCAAUUACUUUGUUUCUGUUCA